CUUUCUUUCUUCUUUCCUUUCUUGUAUUAUGUUGAGAUCUAAAUCUUUUGUCAAAAGAACACGUAAAGGAAACGUUGUUAAAGUAGUCAAAGAACAUUAUCUUCGUGAUGAUAUUUCUUGUUCUUCUCAACUAUGUUCCUCUUGUACUCACCAUCAACCUCCUACCUUAUCUGAUUUACCUCGAUCCACUUCAAACUUACCUCCACAUUAUCUAAUCCCUGAUACAAAUGUUUUUAUGAAUCAAUUGGAUCUCAUGGAACAUAGUACUGUCAAAGAUGUUAUUGUACUUCAAACUGUUCGAGAAGAACUUCGACAUCUCAGUUUACCAAUCUACAAUCGACUCAACUCUGUAUUAGCGGAUACCAACAAACGGUUUUACUUAUUUGCCAAUGAACAUCAUCGUGAAACAUAUAUCGAAAAACUCAAAGACGAAUCACCUAAUGAUAGAAACGAUCGAGCCAUUCGAGUAUCUGCGAAAUGGUACAAUGAUCACCUAAAGAAUCAACCUGUGAAAUGUAUUCUACUAAGUGAUGAUCGUGCUAACCGUGAAAAAGCAACUACUAUUGGUCUCAAAGCACUAUCAGUGAAAGAUUAUGUGGAAGGAAUCAAGGAUGUGCCAGAAUUAUUGGAUAUAGUGGCAAUGCCAAAAGAUAACACAAGCAAUAACAAGAAUGAAGUGGUUUAUGAAGAACACUUGACACCAGCACAAAUACAAAAUGGCAUCAAGAAAGGAACACUUAUUCAGGCUACUUUGAAUAUUAGUCAACACAAUGUAUUGGAAGCAACAGUAACAGGUGAAGUCAACGGUGAAAUAAGAACAAUUUAUAUUUUGGGACGAAAUCAUUUAAACCGAAGUAUCCAAGGCGAUGUAGUAGCUGUACAAGUAUUACCUCAAACAGAAUGGAAACGAACAGCAUCAAUGGCCAUGGAAGAAGAUAGUGAUGAUGAAGAUGAAAAUGGGUUGCAUCAAGGUGACAAGACUCUUGACGAUAUCAAUAAUAAUAAAGAUCAGCCUGAGACAGAUGGACCUGGUGAACCUACUGCCAAGGUGGUUGGUAUUGUGCGAAAGAAAUGGAGACCUUAUUGUGGUUUCAUUGUGAAGAAAUCCGUUCAUUCAAAACCUGGAUCUACUAAUGCAGAAUCCGUUCUUUUCAGAGCUAUCGAUCGACGAAUUCCUCCUAUCAAAAUUCGAACUUCUCAAGCACAUUCUCUAAUCGGUAAACGUGUUGUCGUAUCUAUAGAUUCUUGGACUACCAAUUCAAUGCUCCCUAUGGGUCAUUUUGUGAAAACGUUAGGUAGUUCAGGGGAUCGAGAAACAGAAACAGAAGUUUUACUAUUGGAACACGAUGUACCUUAUCAAGAAUUCUCCAAACGGGUGCUUUCAGAUCUACCAAAGGAAGGUGAUGAAUGGGUCGUUACAGAUCAACAUGUAUAUCAUGAAAACAGACGCGAUUUAAGGCAUUUGAACGUGUGUAGUAUUGAUCCUCCUGGUUGUACUGAUAUUGAUGAUGCUCUACAUGUUUUGGCUUUGGAAAAUGGAAAUUAUCAAGUGGGUGUUCAUAUUGCGGAUGUGACCUAUUUUGUGAAACCUGGUCAAGCUAUGGAUGAAGAAGCUGCCUCUCGUGGUACUACAGUUUAUCUUGUUGAUAAACGUAUUGACAUGUUACCUUCUUUACUUGGCACAAAUCUUUGUUCUCUUAGAUCUAAUGUUGAUCGAUUGGCCUUUUCUUGUCUAUGGGAAAUGACUGAGGAAGGAAAUAUUGUUGGAGUUGAAUUCACCAAAAGCAUUAUUCGAUCCAAAUUCUCAUUCACUUAUGAAGAAGCUCAAAAUCGUAUAGAUGAUAGCCGUAUGCAAGAUGAUGUGACUAAGGGUAUUCGGAUAUUGAACAAGUUUGCUAAAAAAUUCAGAGCACAAAGAAUGGAACGUGGUGCAUUGACUUUAUCAAGUCCUGAAGUACGAUUCCAUUUGGAAAAUGAGUCACAAGAUCCUGUGGAUGUGGAACUCAAGGAACUCAAGGAAACAAACGCUUUGGUAGAAGAAUUCAUGUUGUUAGCUAAUAUCUCAGUAGCUGAAAAGAUUUAUAGCAAAUUUCAGAAUUCAGCCAUGUUACGACGACAUCCUACUCCUCCCAGCUCUAACUUUGAUCAACUUCGAAAAUCAUUGGCGGAAUACAGUAAUGGUGCAUUGGAUUUGGAUAUACAAUCUUCAAAAACUUUAGCUGAUUCUUUGGAUAAGGCGGUGGUUGCUGAUGAUCCUUAUUUUAACAACUUGGUGCGUAUUAUGACUACACGUUGUAUGAUGCAAGCUCAAUACUUUUGUUCUGGUACCGAAUCCGAGGCUGAAUUUAGACAUUAUGGUUUGGCUUCACCUAUUUAUACUCAUUUUACCUCACCUAUUCGUCGUUACGCCGAUGUGAUUGUACAUCGAUUAUUACAAGCUUGUAUUGAUCCUGAUGCUGUAUAUGGACAAGAAUUGAUUGAUAAGGUCAAAAUGAAGGACUUAUGUGACGUACUCAACCAUAGACAUCGUAUGGCUCAACAAGCGGGAAGAAGUUCAGUUGAAUUAUAUACCCAUAUGUUUUUCAAGAACAAGGUACAAGUGGAAGAUGGUCGUGUUAUUCGUGUUUUGAAGAAUGGAUUUGUUGUACUGGUACCAAAGUUUGGUAUUGAAGGCAUUGUAUACACCAGUGGCGGAUCAUCAUCUACACCAAGUCCAUUUACGUUUGAUGAAGCAAACAAUUGUCUCAAGACAGAUGAUGAUAUAUGUAUCAAGAUCUUUAGCAAUGUCAAGGUGCAAAUCACAGUGGAAGGCGAUGAACAAGGCAUGAGGCAAAAGAUGAAGAUGCAAUUAGUGGAACCCUUUGUACCAGGCGUCAGCGUCACUUUACAAGAUUCUUCCAACAAGCGAUCUUCAACAACUCAAGAAAAAGAUCAAAUAUCUUUAGAAAGCAACGCAAAUAAUCGAUCGAAAAAAUUAAAAAUAAACUAGUUUAGUGAUAGAUAUUUUUUUUUAAUAAGAAUAAAGAAAAUUCUGCUUUAUUGAAUUGAUUCCUUAUUAUGGUGGGCAGUAUGUUAC